AUGACGCUGAUCCUCGACAACUACGACUCGUUCACGUUCAACCUGGUGCAGUUGCUUGGGGAGUUGGGCGCCCGGCCGGAGGUGAUCCGGAACGAUGCGCUGACUCCGGCCCAGGUCCGCGACCUUCGACCCGAGCGGAUCGUGAUCUCUCCGGGUCCCUGUUCGCCCGAGAAGGCGGGCAUUUCGGUGGACCUGGUGCGGACGCUCGCCGGGGAGAUUCCCAUUCUCGGGGUGUGCCUCGGCCACCAGUCCGUAGUCCAGGCUCUGGGCGGCAGGAUCCGCCGCGCCCGCCGUCUGGUCCACGGCAAGACCUCCCCGGUGCGCCAUAAUGGCGAGGAACUGUUCGCCGGGCUGGAGAACCCCUUCGAGGCCACCCGCUAUCACUCGCUGGCCGCCGACGAGCCGCUGCCGAGAGAGCUUGAAGUAACCGCCCGCUCCGACGACCAGGAAGUCAUGGGACUUCGGCACCGGAGCGCACCGCUCUGGGGUGUCCAGUUCCACCCCGAAUCCAUUCUCACUCCCGCGGGACGACAGCUACUCCGGAACUUUCUCGACCUGACAUGA